ACAUAUUUUUUUACGCGACUACUUGUAUUCCCGCGCAGCUUUGUUGUUUUUUAACUUUUUCGGACGUGAUCGGAAGUGCACAGCGAGUUGCGCUCGUGGUUUAAAGAAUUUUAUACAUUGUAAUUGUUUGACUGUGAGUGCAAUUGAUUUCCAUUACAUUUGAUUUGGAAGAAUUCGUAGAGUGUCAAAAAAGAAUAAAGUGUAGUGAAAGUGUGUGUGUUGUGUGUGCUGGAAUGGAACAAAUGCACUAAUCCAAGCUUAAAGCUAAAGCAGCAAAGGCAAUGAGAAAAACAUCAACAAUGCCACUCUGAGCAGACCUAAAGAGAGAAGGAGAAGGAAACUAGAAAACAAGUGCGGAAAAGGUGAAGGAAAGAUUGUAAAUUCCUUUGAGAAACAAGCGCAGAAACGACAAGAGAAAACGGUUAAAGUCAUGCAGCAGGCAGCGCAGCCGCAGUUGGCGUCGCCGCCAGACUUUGAUUUCCAGAUGCCGUGCCGCUAUUUCAAAAGUUCUUUUGCGCGUUCGCUUUCGCUGAAUGGCGGUGGCAGCGCAGCCUUGGCAUUGCCCAAGAACAAGAAACCGCAGACAAACGAGGUCAUGCAGCAGCAAAGGCAAUUGCAAAGACAGAAUAAGGAAGAGCCGAUAGAAAUAGAGAUGGAGACAGAGGAAGAGGAAGAGCGAGGGGGAGGAGAGGAAUCAUCCUGUUGUUCUACGCCUCCUCCGGCUCUGCCAGCGCGACGUCACACGUCUGGCCACAACAACUUGAUGCAUUUUAGCAGCGCUGCCGCUAAUCAGCUGCUGCUCUCUCCUCUGCCAGCUCUAGUUCAGAUGCAGACAACGCAGACGCAGAGGAAUCUCAAUCAUGUCUGGCAAAUGCAGCAGCCACAGCGGCGGAGACAGCGUCCCAGCAGGAUUCCAGCAGCAAUAGCCACAUCAUGACGAUGAGAGCUGCCGCACCCAGCUGCCACAGCAACAGCCACCAGAGCCAGAUCUACCACAACCACUAUGACUUGCAACAGCAGCCACAGCAGCAGCACAAUCAGUCGCAACCGUCGCAACCGUCGCAACAGCAACAGCAAAACCAUUCACUAAAUGUCGAGGCUGUCAUAUUGCAGAAUCAGGUGGAUACAUUGCAUUGGCAAUUGAAACAGACUGAAACCAAUUGCGAGAUGUACCGCGCUGUCAUGGAGGAAGUGGCACGCUUCUUCGAGCGCUACCAGCAGCAGCUGCAUCUGCAGCAAACCCACCGAAACGGGGAGCAGAUCGCUCGCUCCAAGAGUCUGCACCAUGUGCACGGAGUGGGACACGGCUCCAGUGGCUCCAUUGGUUCCUCGCUGCAGAGCGAGCAGCGCGAUGGCCUGCUCCUGCACGAUGAGGAUGAAGUAUCCGCCUCGUAUCUGCGCGCCAGGAGCAGCACCAAUCUGAUGCUCAACAAAUCGAUGCAUGCGAUGAACGAGGAGCACAACUACGAGGCGAUUGCCCCGGCCGGCAGCUACAAUGCCUUCAAGGAUUUCACUUGGCGACGCUCUCCGAAGAAAACUGGAGGCUGCAAGGCCCGCCUGUCCGCCCCAGAGGUCGCCGAGGAGAAGCUCAACCAGGAGGCCUUCCGCCUGGCACGCACCAUCAGGAAUCUGCUGAACACUUCCGAGCAGCAGCCGGAUCUCACGCAGCCUCGCCACUCCAUGGCCUCCGUCUCCUCUCUGCCCAGCAACGCGAACGGGAACGGGAACGGAAACGGAAGCCACAUGCCGCAUCUCCAUCGCCUGUGCAAAGCGAAGACCAGCUCCGUGAUGACGCUCCUCCAGACGCCGCCGCGGCACAACUCCACAAGCAUCAUGAAUGCCACCAUGGAGGCUCCCUCUCCCUCCCUCUCGGCCACGAUAGCUGGAAAAUCGCAUGCGGAGAUGCUGUUCCUGCGAGCCAACACCAUGCGAGACUCGCGGCUCUCGUUGCGCAGCUCCACCGAUAGCUCUGUGCAUUCCACCAUCUCCUCGACGGCCUCCUCCGCCUCUUCAAAGUUCGAAACGGAUGAGGAUGCCAACAACAACAACACGAAGAACAGCAGCAAGAACAACUUGACCACAACCACCGCCAGCAGCACCGCAGCCACAGCCACAGCCACAGCCACAGCCAUCAGCCACAACAAGAAACCACAGCCCACCAAUGCAGUAGGAGGAGGAGGAUCGAGUAGUACAGAGGAUGAGAGCGGCUUUAGUUCCAUUAGCUCCUUCCACGACGUUGGUUUGCCCCUGAGCUCUACUCUGAUUGCAGGAGGAGCAAUCAAUCAUGAAAGGCGUCUCUCCGUCUCCACAACAGACAGCCGCAACUCGACACUCAAGUCGGGGGCCCUGAAUGUCUUAGGGGUUCCCCUCCAGCAGACUCAGACUCAGACUCAGACUUUGACUCAGAAUCCACAGCAGAGCAGUCCGCAGCCCUCGAAGACGACGUACAGGAAUGCAGGCCGCUAUCAGCGCUUCUCCACCCUGUCGAAUGAGGAUGCAGCCGCUGUGCUGUGGGUCUGAAGGAUCCCAGCCCCCAUUUCAAUAUCAUCAUUGUGUGUAGUGUGUGCCUCUCUCGCUUAGAUGUUAGGUUUAUUCGUGGAGAAGACAACAUUUGAGUUUCAAUCAAUGUUCAGGAUGAUGUAUUCUUUAUCUUAUUAGAAAGGAAGAAUCAAUCGCAUUUUUUACGUUAACAUUUCAUGUAAAUUUCAUUUC